AUUGUUGAUAAAUUAAACCUGUAGCUGUUUGUGAAACACCCUGUAGAGAGAAUCGCAACACCAUCUUAAUUACCGAUUAUUCUGUUACUAAUCUAUCAGGAACACAGACCUUAACCUAGCAAAAGCUCAAUCAAUCAGACCUACUCAAAAGUCUACAAGUUCAUAGAGACUGUAAGUCAGUGAGAGACAAUUGUUAUUGGUUUUAAAAGGAGAGGAAGAGCAACACGUCAUUUUGUCUGCAUCUUCUGGAUGCUUGUUUAAAGGAAACCUUGGAUCCUGUCUUCGAGCUGACAGAGAAUAAACGCAUUAAGAGGUCUGAUGGGAACUAGUUCAUUGUGUUAACUUGGCGCGUGUAAUUUAAUCAGGAUUGACAACGCGUGUCAAGUGGGCGAAUUCAAAUUGAGCAGAAAAUAAAAGACAGAAAAUAAAUAGAAGCUCUCAUUUGAAGACUUAAUUUCAGGAGUGUUUUAUGUUUUGAACAAGUCCAACUUGACAGGGAAAAUUUUAUUUAACAGACUAAGAUCGGUCUUCAGAGCAUGCAAGUGGCAACAGUUGAGAACAUUAUUCUAGCGAUUGUUUUAUUCACCAUGACGGGGGCAGCUCAACGACGGCCAAGACGACGAUUUUGCGAAGUAUAUCCAUUUGCACGCCGAUGUUUGGGAGUAGCUGCUAAAAGAGACGUUAGUGCUAACAUGAAUACAGAAAAAAGUCGGGAACUAAAAUUGUUGGAACUUAAAGAUCUGCUUGAAAGAGAAAGAUUUACAGAAAAAACAGACUCACGACGAAGCAUGGAGUCUCCGGAAAACGAUGUCCUAAUAAAGGCCCUAAGCAGGAUACUCAAUAAUAAACGAACAUCAGGAUCAAAAUAUCAGGACAAAGUAUUUCUUCAGUUUGAUGGAUUUUCACAAUCUAACGACGAUUAUCCUGUUGAAUUUUGACAUUCUUGCUGAUUAUUGAUGUUUAUAACAACUUACAUUUACACUUCUUCUGUAUAGAUACAAAAUGUGGCAUAUCUUUGGCAGAAAUUUACUUCAAUAGCACUGGACAGUAUAGAAAAAAAUCUGAAAUGAUAUAGGAAUAAAAGUACGGAAUUAAAAUUGGUUUUUAAAUGAUUAUAAUUAUUUGAUGUUUUGAUCAUGGAAUAUUGGAAAGAGUAAUUGAGAAUAACUUUGUAUAGACAUACAA